AUGUCACUAUCAACGGCGCCCUCGCUUUCCAGUUUGCCUUCCCUCUCCGUCGGCGGCGCAAGUGAUGGGAGCUCCGUUGGCACCUCGAACCUCUCAUCUGCACUCUGCACGCCGGACGACACGAGCAUUCAGGACUAUUUCACUGAGCGUACCUUAACGAAGAAUUUUGGACAGCGUACGGUUCCACAAGUAGUUGAUGACGGGAGUCAGUUUGACGGCAUGGACGACGCCGAUGUUCCGAAGCCUAGAACCAGUUCCAUCUCGCGCGCUAUGUCAAGAGCGAAGAAACUCGCGGGAAUGACUCUGCGAAUGCGAAAAUCGCUGCGAAGGGAGGAAAUCCCGGCUGUAAUAAGGCUGGACGACAGCACGAUAUAUGCCGAUACCCACAACGAUCCCACCGAGGACUGUGCUACGAUAUCACCCUCCCGCUUGUCUAUAAUGGUUACGCAAGAUACAAUCAGCGAUACCUCAGAUGAUUACGACCCACUCGAUCAGUCCAGCACGAUUGGGCAAUUAGGAUCACCUGUGGUACUCAUGUCCCCUGCCAUGAGCGUAGAAGACCAGAUAUCAAACCCUAAGGUCAACAAUAGCCCUGAAGCUGAAGUUCUCCUCGACGAAGACAUGGAUGACGAGUCACAGUGUUUCCGGACGCACAGCCUACAGAUGGAUGACGACGACGUUGGUCUCCUCAGCUACCAUGUUGACGACAGCUAUGCCGGUUCCAUCUCUCUCAGCGGGUCGUGGACUAUCAACGCGGUUGUCAUUUUGUUGUCUCAGGUCGUGCUCUUCCUUCCAUGGUGCAUCGGCGUAGGCGGAACGAUCCUGUUCUCUCCUGCUCACCUCAGUAUUGUCGCUUCUGGGUCUGGCCACAUGCUCUCUGAGAAAGGCUCCCGGCGUUUUGCGUACUGGGCACACUGCGCGGAGGCUCAUAUCGUCAUUUUCCUGGGCUUUGUAGGUUCACUCGUCUACCUAAAUCCUUAUGCCGGAACCGCCCUUAUCGCCGCCGGCCUCGCGAGAUUUGUGUACGUGUGGCAUGACUUCCAGGUGGACCUAUCUGUGCCUUUAGGGGUGGAUGACCAGCAAAGCGUGUAUUUAGUUGUCACGAAGAUGUACCUACAAGACGGGGUAGCGUUGCGUAUCUUGGACUAG